UCACACGCGGCCGGCCGCUUAUUAAUUUAAUGUCGUGAUCAGUGUUUUCCUAUUUUUUUUUAUUAAUCUUUUCUGUAGUAUAAGUAGUUAGUAAUUAUCAAAUUGAUCUAAUAAUAAUAAGCUUUGCUUCGAUAUCUUCUAUUGUAUGCGUUCGGCUACUCUGCUAUCUAAGAAGCGAAAUCAUAGAAUACAUUUUAUUUAAAAGAAAGUUAUGAGAACAAUACGAAAAUAAAUAUCAAUUUCUAAAGAAAUAAUAUAAUGGUUUCAAAUAUUUUAGCUGCAUUAAAGUGCAUAAGCUCCGAAACAAAUAAUAAAGAGUUUCUAAAAAUAUGCUGCGAUGUUGUGGAGUCACUUGAAAAGAAUUCAAUAGGAAUACAAAACAUUAUCCAGACACUCUCAGAACAUAUAUUAAAAAUUGAAAAUGCUUUACUAUUUAAGAAAUACUUAUCAAACAUUCUGCUAGCAUUAGUUUCUGCUAGAAUACCCUUAAAACCAGUUUUUUCUGCCUUCAACACUGACACUUGUAGUGAUGAAGAGAAGACUAAUCACUUGGAGUAUUCAAUUGUCUUAGCAGCGCUUAGUGAUCACCCUGAUGUUUUGCAGUAUGCCCUUAAAUAUUUUGAAAUUAACCCUGUGCCACCAUUUAUGGUAUUCAUUCAUCAUGAGGAGUCAUACAAUGUUGCUCCUAAAAAGCGAAGGCUACAAGACUGUCGACACAAAGUUACUGACCAACAAAUAGUGACAUGUUGUUACACCCUUCUCUCCAAGCUACCCAAUGAGCUAUCUUCAAAAUGGGAUUGGACACAAUUUGUAACAAAUUUUAGUAACCAUGAAAAUACAGAAAUAAGAUGGAUGGUAAAAGAAUGUAUGGCGAUUCUAACAAAUAUGACAGAAGCUCAAACAAAAAUUUUAUCCAAAAACUUAGAUCUGUCAGAGCAAGAUACUUUACAAUAUACAACUGAUAGGAAAUGUGAAGUGCAACCUGUUGAAGAAGUUGUUACUGAUGCCAAAUUGAAUUCAAGCAGUGUUGUCAAUAUUGAUGGCAUAAUGUUGCCACUCUAUAAUGAAGAUUUUGUGUCACAUGAUCAUCUAGUUCCGGUUAAAUCUACAAUUAAUAAUCUAAGAAGUUUAGCACUGGCAGUAGCUUCAGGUAAAGCACUAUGUCUGAUGGGUCCAGUAGGAUCUGGUAAAACUUCCUUAGUCGAAUAUUUGGCUGCCAUAACUGGUCGUAAAGGAAUCGCCUUUAAGAAGGUUCAGUUAGGUGAUCAGACAGAUUCCCGAAUGCUGCUUGGGUCUCAUCAGUGCACUGACAUACCUGGCGAAUUUGUAUGGAGACCUGGCGUUUUGACUGAAGCUGUACAAAAUGGUCAUUGGCUACUGUUAGAAGAUAUCGAUUGCGCUGCGCUGGAUGUGGUGUCAACAUUAAGUUCUUUGCUGGAAAGAAAUGCAUUAUGUGUCCCUGGCUAUAGAGAUUCUUUGCCUGUUACACCUGGAUUUCAACUAUUUGUUACACAAAGGACUCUAGUUACGAACUAUGGUUUCCAAAAGAAAAUGUCCAAUUCAAGUGCACUUCUACAAAAACAUUUGACCCAAAUAAAUGUAGAACCUUUAUCAAGGUCCGAACUUGGCGAAAUCAUACAAACACUUUAUCCACGCCUCAGCACAAUCAGUUCAAGAAUCAUCGAAGUUUUCAUGAUGUUUUCUGUUGGAAGCCACGACACAUCUUUGCAGACUACUGAAAACGUUAGUACUGAUAAGGAAACUAACGUUAAUGUUCUGAAAGGCUCGAGGCUUAUUUCUACAAGAGAUCUUAUGAAAUGGUGUUCAAGAUCAGUUGUAGGUUUUGAAGUUUCAAGCCCAGAUUCAGCACAGAAAGUUCUCCAAAAUGCUUUGGAUAUAUUUACGAGUUCAAUAUCUUCACCUGAACAUAGACUUCAGCUAGCAAAAAAGGUUGGCACUUGUUUAGGAAUCGUUGAAGCAAAAACAGAAUUCUAUUGCAAACAUUAUAAGCCAAAUGUAUCUUUACAUCCCAACUCAUUAGAGGUAGGAAGAGCUAAUAUGCCAAGAAUAGAAAAGGCAUUAGAAUCCGUAGACUUCGAUAAUAAACAAGCAGUAUUUUCUUUUACUCGCCAAACGGCAUGUUUGCUAGAAAAGAUUAUGUGUUGUGUAACAUCAAACGAACCCGUACUUCUGGUGGGUGAAACAGGCACUGGUAAGACAUCUUCCGUUCAAUAUUUGGCUAAACAAACCGGACAUAAGUUAGUGGUCAUCAAUAUGAAUCAACAGUCUGACUCUGCCGAUUUACUUGGUGGAUAUAAACCAGUUGAUUUGAAAUAUGUAAUAAGACCAAUCAAAAAUGAAUUCGAACGUUUAUUUCGAAGUUUUUACAAUGUGGAAAAAAAUCAAAAGUUUCUUGGACACAUUGAUACUUGCUAUGAGAGAGAAAAUUGGACCGCACUUUUGGCGUUAAUGAAACAGAGUUAUAAAGCGGCUCUUACUAGAUUAACAAUUGAGAAGAAAGAGCAAAAGUUAAAGAAAUGGGUGAUAUUUGGCCGCAAACUUUCAAAAUUAGAACAACAAAUUAAAACAGCGUCUAGAUUGACGUUUGCGUUCAUCGAAGGAUCUCUCGUUAAAGCUAUGCAAGAGGGCCAUUGGGUUUUACUAGAUGAAAUAAAUUUAGCAUCUGCAGAGAUUUUAGAAUGUCUCGCUGGUUUAUUAGAAGAUAAAAAUGAAACUAUUGAUUUAUUAGAAAAGGGAGACAAAGUUCCAAUAAAAAGACAUCCAAACUUUACUUUGUUUGCUUGCAUGAAUCCUGCUACCGAUGUUGGUAAAAAGGAUUUGCCAGUUGGUUUGAGAAAUCGCUUUACAGAAUUUUUUAUAGAUGAAUUGACAGAAAGGAAUGACUUGAUGCUGCUUAUUGGUGAUUAUUUGUAUCAUAUGAAUCUCAGUGGUGCAAUUUUAGAAUCUAUUUAUAGCUUUUAUGCGAACGUAAGAAAAGAGGCAAAACUGAAUCUAGUGGAUGGUGCAGGUAACGCGCCUCAUUAUUCACUAAGAACGCUCUGCAGGGCUCUAACAGCAGCAGCUAAAGCUAAAUGUGGCACUGUAGCUAGAUCAUUAUAUGAAGCGUUUUGUUUGUCUUUCCUUACCCAACUAGACAGCUCUUCACAUCCCAUUGUUGAAGCUAUGAUAGCUAAGGCAGUAAUUGGAAAGAAAAUUGUUAAGUCUAUUCUUAACCAACUAAUUCCCGAGCCACAAAUUCCAGGUCAAAAUUUCCUUCUAUUCGAAGGACAUUGGAUCCCACAGGGGAAACUUGAUAUUUCAAUACCAGAAGGGUAUAUACUAACUCCAACUGUUAGGAAAAAUCUUCGAGAUAUCGCACGAAUUAUAUCACUGGGCCGAUUGCCUAUUCUUUUACAAGGUGACACUUCAGUGGGAAAAACUUCUUUGAUUACUUAUAUAGCUCGUGCGUCCGGAAACUAUUGUGUUCGAAUAAAUAAUCAUGAACACACAGAUUUACAAGAGUAUAUAGGUUCAUAUGCUUCUGAUGCUAAUGGAAAGUUAGUUUUCCAAGAGGGAAUCCUUGUUGAAGCCAUGAGAAAAGGACAUUGGAUCAUUUUAGAUGAAUUGAAUUUAGCCCCAAGCGACGUACUUGAGGCUCUCAAUCGAGUAUUAGAUGAUAACCGGGAACUAUUCAUACCAGAAACCCAACAAGUAGUUAAAGCUGAUCCUAACUUUAUGCUAUUCGCAACUCAAAAUCCGCCAGGUUUGUAUGGGGGUCGUAAAAUGUUGUCAAGGGCAUUUAGAAAUAGGUUUGUCGAGUUGCAUUUUGACGAAAUACCCAGAAAAGAAUUGGAAACUAUAUUGCAUCAGAGGUGUCACGUCCCUCCUGCAUAUAGUAAGAAGAUGAUUGCAGUAAUGGCGGAGCUCCAAGUGAGAAGACGUGGUUCCGCCGCUGUACAAGGUAAAGAUGGAUUCAUUACCUUGAGAGACUUAUUCAGAUGGGGUCAAAGAUACAAGCAUGCUGCAAAAGAAAUGUUAACAGAUGAAAAAUUCUAUGAUUGGGACCAGCACAUAGCCGAUGAAGGCUACCUCAUAUUAGCAGGUAAAGUUAGACAAACUGACGAAAGAACUAUCAUCGAAGAAGUUAUAGAAAAACAUAUAAAAAGGAAAGUCAGCCCAAACGAUUUAUUCAGUCUUCAUCAGACUACAUCGCCUGUAACUAAAUCUAUUCUUGAAACAAUUAUUAAUAAUCAAUUGAAAGAGUUUUCUCAUGUUGUUUGGACAUAUAAUAUGCGAAGGUUGGCUGUUUUAAUCGCUAAAGCCUUUACUUUUGAUGAGCCUGUACUGUUAGUAGGAGAAACUGGUUGUGGAAAGACCACAAUCUGCCAAGUUCUCGCAACUUUGACCGAAUGUAAACUUCUCUCAGUCAACUGUCAUAUGCACACAGAGAGUUCUGACUUUUUAGGUGGUCUUCGACCUGUAAGACAAUAUAAAAAUGACGGAAGGCUGUUUGAAUGGGUUGAUGGGCCUCUAAUAAAGGCAAUGCAGGACGGUGAUAUGUUUUUGGCGGAUGAAAUAUCGUUAGCGGACGAUAGUGUCUUAGAAAGACUGAAUUCCUUACUUGAGCCAGAAAGGCAGUUAGUAUUAUCUGAAAAAGCAAUGGAGGCUAAUUCUGAUAUUGUAGUUAUUACAGCGCAUAAAAAGUUUCAUAUAAUCGGAACCAUGAAUCCAGGUGGAGAUUUUGGUAAAAAAGAAUUGUCGCCGGCUCUUCGUAAUCGAUUUACAGAAAUAUGGUGUGAUAAUGUCUCGUCUAGAGUUGAUUUACUAGUUGUUUUAGAAAAAAGCGUCAGUAGAGGAAUUUCUCUAGGAAACCAAGAAGAUGGUAGUUCUGGCAUUGGCAGCUCUAUUUUAGAUUUCACUGAUUGGUUAAAACAUUCUGAAGUGACCAACAAGUUCCCAUUCAGCAUUCGUGAUUUACUCUCUUGGGUGAAUUUUAUAAACGCUACAGUUGCAAAAGGUCUUCUAGACACUCCUGAAGCCUACGUUCAUGGCGCAUGUAUGACAUUCUUAGAUUGCUUUGGAACAGCUUUGACAGGCCAUAUUGAUUCAGAAACUUUAGCAUUAUUGCGUAAAACAGCUAUUAAUUUCCUUCUAAAUCAAAUAGAAACUGUCGGAAAUGAAUACCUUGAGAACUUGAGAGAAAUGUUGAGUAAUAAACAAACGGCUUUCACCGCUGAAUCUGAUGUUACAAAGUUUGGUGUAAAACCAUUUUAUAUUGAAGUUGGACCACAUAAUGAUUUAUCGAAUGAAACACAAAAAUUCACUUUCACUGCACCGACUACGGGUUCUAACACAUUACGGUUAUUAAGGGGGCUGCAGUUGAAUAAAGCGAUACUUUUAGAAGGGAAUCCUGGAGUUGGUAAAACAAGUUUAGUGACUGCCCUUGCUAAAUCUUCUGGACAUAAAGUAGUCCGUAUCAAUUUGAGUGACCAAACUGAUAUUACAGACUUGUUUGGAACAGACUUACCAACAGAAGAUGGAUCUUUCACAUUUAAAGAAGGAGCUUUCUUGAAUGCUCUUCAGAAUGGAGAUUGGAUACUCUUAGAUGAGCUAAAUUUGGCACCUCAACCUGUCUUGGAAGGUCUUAACGCCUGCCUCGAUCACCGCGGUGAAGUGUACAUACCUGAAUUAAGUAAAACAUUCAAAGUAAAAGCUGAAACGAGAUUGUUUGCGUGUCAAAAUCCUUUGAAGCAAGGUGGUGCUCGUAGGGGUCUUCCCAUUUCCUUCUUAAAUAGAUUCACACAAGUAUAUAUAGACACAUUGACUAAAGAAGAUCUCAUGUAUAUUGUUGAGUCCCAGUAUCCAACUUUACCUAAUGAAGUACGACGUAGAAUAGUGGAAUUUAACUGCAAAGUUGCCCAUGAGAUCACAGAACUUCAAUCUUGGGGUCAUAGGGGUGGACCAUGGGAGAUGAAUUUAAGAGACAUACAAAGAUGGUGCGAUGCACUUAUCUAUGAUCAAGAAGAUGAUGGAGUAAUAUCACCUGGAAAAUUUGUUGAUAUGCUUUAUAUUAAUCGGAUGAGGACAGCUGAAGACAAAGAGAAAAUGUUGCAAGUGUAUAAUUCUAUUUUUUACCCUGAGUACCCCAGGAGUGAUACGACUCCACAAUUUGAAAUUCACGACAAUGAGAUUGUUAUAGGUGACGUUAUAAUUAGAAGAAACAUGGAAAAGAAUUUAAAAAAUCGUUGCUCUGUGGAACCAAAUUACUUAAUUUUAAGGAAUCAGUUGUCAUCUUUAAAAGCUUUAGCUCAGAGUGUCAAAAUGAACUGGCUGUCUAUACUUGUUGGUCCGACAGCUACGGGAAAAAGUAGUAUUGUACAAAUACUCGCGGACUUAACAGGUAACGAUCUCCAAGUUAUACCUGUAACAUCAGCUAUGGAUGUGUCCGAUCUUUUAGGAGGGUUUGAACAGGUCGAUCUAAACAGGAAUCUUGAAAAUGUAUUUGAUAAAAUCGAGAGACUGUCUAUACAAAUUGUACGAAAUAUUUGGUUGGCAGAGGGAAACCAGGAGUGGAAGUCAAAUAAGUUACUCACCGAAUUGUAUAUUUAUAAAUCCCUGCAAUGCGACAGUACAGACAAUGAACCUAGUGACGAUAUAAAUAAAUUGAACAAAAAAACACAAUUUCUACUGAAUCAUUGUGAAAAGUUAGCUGAAUAUAAUAAAGCAUUUUACAUAUCUGUUAAACUACAAGAAAUAGUAAAUAACUUGAAAAAGUUAGCGUCGAAAUUAUCUCUAGCAACAUCAGUAAAUGCUGGAGGUAAAUUUGAAUGGGUAGAUUCUUUACUUGUAAAAACCAUGAUUGAAGGUUCUUGGCUACUUUUAGACAAUGUUAACUUGACAUCAGCAGCUGUUUUAGAUAGAUUAAACGGUUUAUUAGAACCAAAUGGGGUACUUAGUGUACCUGAAAGAGGGGAGACAAGCGAAAUAAAACCUCAUCCGAAUUUCAGAAUAUUUUUUACAAUGGAUCCUAAAUAUGGGGAGAUUUCUAGAGCGAUGAGAAACAGAGGUGUGGAGAUAUUUUUGUUACGGUCUGAUGAAUUGAAUGUUAGCUUAACAGAGACAGUGCCCUACAUGGAUCUAACUGCGUUACUGUUAUCUUGUGGUUUACCACAGAAUUAUCAUGACAUUUGUAUUCAAUGUCAUGAACUGAUGGCAUCAUUUAUUCAAGGUUUUGAACGUCCCACAAUAUCACAUUUGCUCCAAGCAUCGCAUUUAACCUCCCAACAACUAGUGCGGGCAAUACCAUUCAAAAUAGCACUCGUAAGCAGCUUUGCCGACGUUUACAUAAAACCAAGGUGUGGGGGUGAUUUUGCAUCGAACCUUAAUACGUCACUUGCAGAAAUUAAAAAUUCUAUGGUCAAAGCCUUGCAGAACAAGUUAGACCAAUUUAAUUGCAAUAUAUUAGAGUCACAUUACGUUCCUCAUACAUUGACAGUGAAAGGAUUAUGUAAGAAUUCUUCAAAAGAAAUUACAAAGCAAAUUGCUUAUGUCGUGUUGCAACAAAUAACAAAUACGAAAUCUUCUGAUUUAGAUAACUUGUUAUAUAGCCUCUUGGCCUUGUUUACCGCAUACCAGAAGUGCCCAUAUCAAGAUUUAUAUAUUUUACAUGACUUAAUUAAAAAUAAAAUACUUUCAUUAAAUAAUAACAAUCAUAAGGAAGUGAUGAAACAGAAAAAUGAUGAAUUGUUUGAGGAUCUUAGUCAGUGCCAAAAUGGUAUAUGUGCGCUUUAUAAACGAUUUUACCCUGAAUCGUAUAUUUUAGACGAAAACUUCAUUAGUUCGACUAAUAUACAAACUGUUUUAACGUUUAAUAAAAUUUUGAAGUCUUUAGUAGAGCAAAGAAAGGAAUUUUCUGCGAUCGACUAUUCAAUAGCUUUGCGUGCUAAAAAUUUGAGCGACGAUUUUCCAGAAUAUCCUAUAUUGUCUAGAUGUCGAGUAUAUUUGGACACUAUCGACUAUACUAUCAUUCGUGCCAUUCAAUUCAAUGGUAGACCAAUGGACGAUAAAACAGCAUGCCAUAUUCUCCAACUGUUAAACUGGAGACGAAGAUUUGCCAACAUGUGCUCUAUAGGAAUAUUUAUUACCGAUAAAAAAGGAAGGAAAACUUUGAACGAAGAAAUAGUGAAAUUGUUGUAUGUACACAGUAAAUGGCUGGAAAAGCAUCUCUUUGGUGUAUUGUUAAAUGAUGUCGAGCCUCAAAUCAUAAAGGAAUUCUCAAUGAUUAUUGAAAGCAUAAUGCUAGAAGAUGACAAAGAAAAUUCAGUGAUGAAUAAACUAACUAAAAAACUCAGAAAAUUAUAUAACCAACCGAAAUUAUAUAAGAAUCAAGGUGAAUAUGAUCUGUGUGUAGCAAGAUCGCAGUUUAACAAUAAAUUAGCUUUGGACUUGAAUCAGCCUUUGGAUAGACAAUUAAACAAACUGUCGACAGAUGUCACCGCUAUCAAUGAUCUGUCUCUAGCCUUUGAUGUACCCGAUAAAAAUUCGUUAAUGCUAAUUGAAGAAAAUGUUAUAAAAACGAUGGAAAAUAUAAAUCCAUCAAGUAAAGUACGAUCAGAAAUAAAGCUACUACCAUUAAAAACGUACAUUUUACAAAGAGUGCUGUGUAUUUUGAGGCAAGAUUUUUUGAAAAUAUUUAGCAAUUUAUCUUUAAUAGAAAAGGAAGAGUUGAUGUUGCGAUCUAAAGUUGUUGAUAUAUUAAUAAAUGUUAUACAUAUCAGCAAGACGACUAAAGGACUAUCACCAACUCUAGUGAAUAUGUUGGUUGCCAUUGAAAAGCUCCUGAGUGCCAACUCUGAUGAAUUACAGGAAAGGUUAUCAUCGCUACCAGUUCGCUUCUGGGAUGAAUUCUACCGUGCACUUGUAUUUUCUCCCGCGUUUUAUCCAUUAGCAUUUUUCGAUGCAAGUGGAGCUACGACCAGUGAUGAUAUUGCGGAGAGUGUGCCCACUAAUGGAAAUAGAAUGUCUGCUAAUCUCCCAUUACUCCCGUAUUAUGUACAGAAAUUGACACUAUCUGUUAAUAACGAAGAUUGCCGUCAUAUGCCAGCAUAUGAGACGGUGUCUCUGGAAGACCGUGCUAAUUACAGCAUACAGUUGGAUAACAUCCUGAACAUUAUUUUUAAGAACAUUGUCACAUUGGACACUAUUGCUAGCUUAAAAAUAAAGUCAAAUCUCGAAUUCGAAAUCAAUAAAUAUGAACAACUACUUAAUUACUUACAUUCAACAUUGACCCAAACAAACUCAAACGAAGCACAAAAUACAGAUAAAGUCGUCAAAGAAAUAAUAGAGCAAUUACAAAUGAAGAUUCCCAAAGAGAGUCAUUAUUCAAAUUUGAUUGUGGAAGCUGAGAAUAUUUAUAAAAAAAUAAUGAAUUUACUACACAAUGAAAAGUUUGAUUUCACUAAGAUGAACAUAUUGAUAGCUCAGCUCUCGUUACUGACGAGUAUCUUAUUUACAAAACUGCUGUCAGAAAUUAAACCAGUUGAUCAUGUUGAGAAACACAAACUCAAAUUGAAAUAUAUCGAGGAGGAUAUAAAAUUGUUUGACGCUUUACUCAGCACUUAUUAUAUUCACGGAGUGGUCACUGGCAGUUUACCAGAGAAAAAGAAAGUGGAAGUCGCAUCAGACGUAAAUAGUGAAAGUUUGAAUGUGAACAAAAGUGGUUUGAUCAAGGUACACCCAUAUUGCGCCGAAUUGAUUAAACUAAAGGAAGAAACGGCGAAGAGAGUGCAUAAGUAUGCAUUAGACAAUACAUUUAGGCCUGAAACUCCAUCUUAUAGCCAAUUUGUUAUGGAUUGCAAAUACUUCAAAAAAUCUAUACUUUCACCAAAAACAACACAAGACUUGACAAGGAAUCUGAUAAAUAUAUCCAAUACUUUAUUGAAAGGAUUAGAAACCCAAAACUGUCAAGUGAAUGAUAUAAAGAAUGCGCAUACGAUUAUCAAAGAGACAACAUCUUGGUUGUUCUCAGUCAAUGCAUUUUAUAAUAAACUGCAGAUAUAUUCUGAAGCUUUUCCAGACUUAGCGAAGCUGUUACAAAGUUCUAUAUCACAAAUUGUAUACAGUGUUACAUCACUUAAUGAUUUGAUCAGAGAACUGACUGUAAAGAUAGAGCAAGGGCCGGUGUUAAUGGGUGUCGCGUGCGAUUUGUUGGUAUAUCCGAAUUUCAUACUAAAAGAUGAAAAGAAACAAUAUCUUGAGAGAUUCAUUACGAACAAGUUCAGAACGUUGCUGAGUAGAAAUAUAGUUGCUGCCAAUGAAAUCUCGAACGAUGUCGAAUUUGAGAAUAUUCAAGUGUUGAAAAUGAAUUUGGCCGAAUUAAAGAUAUAUUACGCAGCAUCGGAGCGUGUUGAUGAGGCUACUUUAAAUUGCAUUUUGUUGACGCUUAACAUGCUAGUGGAAGCAUGGCAGAAGCAACAACAGCAAUUAGAGCAGAAGAAGCAAGACGAAGAAGCGUUAUAUGUCACCAAGUCAAAAUGCGAAGAUGAGAACGAAGAAGAAAUGGCUGAACAAGAAAUAAUAGAAAUGUUCCCGUCAUAUUCAGACACCGAUUUCGGUGAAUUUAAACCACCGACUCUCGAACAGAAAACCAAGAAGACCCAAACUGUUGAUAAUAAACAAAAACUUUCGAUAAACCAAGAAGAUGUGUCAUUGGUUUAUGAAUGGCAUUCAAUGUUUGUUCGAAAUGUAACUCGGGCGGAAUGGUUACCGUGUCCCAAGAAAUUGGUCGGUUGUAAUGUAGUAAAUCCAUUACUGCAGAGGUAUCCUACAUUUAGCCGUAUAAUGCAGAAUACUUGGGAAGCGUUAGACGCACCUUUUGAGAGAUUUGUUACACCCAGUUUGAUGAUACUUGUGUCGCAAAUAAAAGCUAAAGUGGACGGCAAUGAGUCGUCGAGCCAGAAAAUGGACUUCUACCGUUCAGCGUGGGUGUCGGAAACAAGACAGUGUGUUCCGUUACUUUACAAAGUAAAGGAAGCGACAAAUGAACUUUUGGAUCAAUGGCCAGAUUUCCCCACUCUGAAGGACAUAAUGGUAAUAGUGAACAGAAUCCUCAGCUUCCCUCUGUCAAGUCCUGUUUCCCGCCUCCUCACUGGCUUGGAACUUCUCCGGGAUAAGAUUGAGGAGUGGAACAAAAAUGCCCAUAAGGGCAAUAACAUGAUAGAUAUCUCGCUGGCAGUCGGACAACAAAUUGUCAAUUGGAGAAAAUUGGAAAUGUCACACUGGAAGGAGUGCCUCAAUAAUCUAUAUGACAGGAAACGUUCAGAAGCUCACAAAUACUGGUUCUAUAUGUAUUCCGUUGUCACAUCGUAUUUGGAUACCGAUGCUGAUGAGCUCGUACCACCAUCUAAAGUGACGUCCGUACUCAACGAGUUUAUGGAGAAAUCCAAUCUUGUCGAGUAUGAAGUGAGACUGGAUAUAAUAUAUGCAUAUCAUUGUCAUUUGGUGCAUUUGGAACCCAGUGAUAGAAGAGAUGAAUUAUUAUCAAUUUUAUGGAAUACGUAUAAUUACUAUUCGCAAUUUAGCGCACAAAUUACCGCUCAUUUAAAGGAGAAACGUGCGCCAAUCGAAAAGAAGUUGCGUGACUUUGUUAAAAUAUGCACUUGGGACAGGGAUCUCAGCUAUUGGAGUGUUAAAGAUACAGUGGAAAAGGCUCACAAAGCUCUCCAUAAACAAACAAAGGAAUUUGAGAAUGUUCUCAAAGAGAGUGUGACCAGUUGUCUAGUGGAUAACAGUAGUGAUGACAACACAGACCACGUCGGCAUCUGGGAUCGACCGAAACGUGCUGCGAGCGCGCCUGUAGGCGGGGCCUAUAUGAUCGACGUACAGAAUUUCUUACUGCUCACAAGAAAUAUUAAGAAAUACCUAGACAACGCUGACCAACCAAGCCAGGCCAUACCCGAUGGAUCCCUCUUAUCAAAGGUGACGAAUUUGCUGAAUAAAGCGAAGACUCUGUGCAAAGACACCAUGACGAAUUCCAGUUAUCCGUCAUUAGUUCAGGGGUUGGAUGACUUCGUAACGCUCGUCAUUGAGACCAGCACCCAUUUAGGAUCGUUAGAAGUGGAUUCGACUCUACCCAAGGAGAAACAAACAUCCCAAGCAAAGAGUAUAAUACAACAAAAACGCAAAGCUCUCGCGGAUUUGUUUAAAUACCUAUCUAAAAUGGGCCUCAACUACCGCACUGGUCUUGUCAUAUUGGCUUCCAAUGACGAUUUAUAUGACUUCACCAUUCCACCUGUGGACUUGGAUGCCGCUAUGCAGUAUUUAAAAAAUAGACGUUGUGACGCAUCUCUAUCACUUUUGUGGUUGGGCUGUGAGAAGUAUUUCCAGAAGAACAUAGCACGACAUCGGCUACUCACCGCCGCACUGCUCACCCCACACAAAGACCUAGGUAUUCAGAACAUUGAACGGUGCAAAGGGUUCGCCGCACAAUUGCUGAAAUUGACAAACACUCAAAAGAAAUCAAUAUCAAAGUAUUCGAGGUACCUUUCCGAUUUACGUACAGUCACUACAAACCUGACGAAUGCUUUAGAAAUAAGCACUGUUACAAAUAUAUCGACAGUGAAUCAAAAGCUUAAUAUAUUGGCCGAGUGUUACACUAACAUUGUUAUAUUAUUAGAACAGUUCAGCGUGUUGCUAAAAUCGUGCCCGGAAAGAGGCAUCGAUUUAGAAUCACAUCCCAAUAUCGAUGCUGUACUCUCGAAUUCUCCCAUAGUGCAUUGCUACAAAAACAACGACGAGUGGCAUGAUUUGAACAAAAGAGUGAAAUUUAUUCUAUUAGAUGUAAAUAAACAAAAAACAGAUUUGAAUAAGUUAACCAUUAGUCCCAAGAAAAUUGGCAAAUGCAAACAAAAUUUGCCAGUAAUUUCACAAAGUCACGUUGAUAUUGCAAAUGAAGCCAAAACUAAACUAGAAAAAAUUGCAAACGAUGUUAAAAGUAUACUGCAGGAAUACCAAAUAAAAUUCCAUUCUGAAAUUAAUAAGUAUGCAAAUUGUCACCCGAUGAUGAGAAGUAUUGUUGAAUUAGAAAAAUAUUUAAUUGAUACAAUCAGUUUGAUUGAUAAAUUAGAUAACUGUAAUGACGUUAUAAUGGAAGAAGUUUCGAUUAACCAAUUGACCAACAAAACAGAAGAUUUAUUAGCGACUAUGUUGCUAAUUAUUCAAUCUAUGUAUAAAAAGCACUUGCCGCAAUUGAGUAGCGAUAGUGUUGAAGUAUUAGACGCUAUCGACGAAAUUAUUGACAGUGGAAAUAAGGAAAAAGAAGAAUCUAAAGACAUUCUAGAAGAUAAUCAUUUGAAGGAACUUUUGCAAGAGAAUUUAACUAAUGAUGGAAGAAUGCUUCAGUUAGAAACGCUAAUAAAUAAAACGAAUGAUUUAUUAAGAGACUAUCUACAAUUAAUGUGUAAUAAAUUAAAUGUAGAUCAAGGGAAAUAUGCCGUCAUGAAAUUGGUUCCAAUAUUAGAACAAACUGUAUUGUUUGUCCAAUAUUUUGUCACACAGAAAGUGGCUGUCCACAGGGUGUCUUGCAAAAUGUUAUCAGUAUUAUUAAAAAUAUUCUCAGAUUUAGCAGCAAAAGGAUUUUGCAAACCAUCCGACUUAGAUACGGAAGAGGGCGAAGGCGAUGGGGGCCCUGGCAAACUAACAGGAGGUGUCGGUCUUGGCGAUGGAGAGGGACAAAAAGAUAUCUCUGAACGAAUCGAGAAUCAGGAUCAAUUAGAUGACGCCCAUCGUCCCGGAGAGGAGAAAAAAGAAGAGGAAAGAGAUUGCAAAGAAGAAGAGAAAGGCAUUAACAUGAGUGACGACUUUGACUCACACUUGCAAGAUGUUGAGCAGAAAGAAGGAAAUGAUUCUGAACAAGAGGAUGAUGAAGAUGACGCUGACAAACAAAUGGGCGAAACCGAUAACGCUGCUGAAAAGCUCGACCAACAAAUCUGGGGUUCUGAAGACGAGGAUGACUUAGAUGAAGAGCAAAAUAAUACAAAAGAUAAAGAAGAGAAAGGAAAAGGCGAGAGUACUGGCGAGAAAGAAAUAAGUGCUAAGGAAGAGGAACAAGGUACCGAUGAUGGGGAAAAAGGGAAAGAAAAGCAAAAGAAAAAGGAUAUCAAUGAAAUGGAGGAACCUGAGAUUGAUGAUGAUCAUGUUGACCCAUACCAUGGUAAGCAGCAACCUCUUCCAGAACCAGAAGACUUUGAAAUGCCAGAUAACAUGGAUGUAGACGGAGAUGAACGAGAUGAUGAUAUUGAUGGUGAAACAGAGACAGAAAAUCCGUUUGACAUACCAGUAAUUGCCGAGGAUAUGCCAGAUGAUAAAGAAGACAAUAAAGAAGAAGAGAAAGAUAACAAAAAUGGUUUAGAAGUUUCAAGCGACGAAGAGGAUGGCGAGGAACAAGAUAAUGACCAGAUGGAAAAAGAUGAAUCAGAUAAACCAAAUGAAGAUCAGCCUGAAAAUACAAAUGAAGAAGAAAAUCAAGAGGGUGAUAAAAAUGAUGAAGUCACUGAAAACGAAGAUCAAGGCGAAAACUUAGAAGAAAAUGCCGACGAAGAAACACCUGACAAGCCAGAAGAGAAUCUACCCAAGAACCCCGAUGAUAUAGAUAAAGAGGACGAAACAGAACAGAAGAAUCUCGAAGCUAAUCCUCAAGCGAAUCCAUCGAACAACGAUCCAUCAGCAGAAGACAGAGCUGAGAACGCCGAAAUGGAUAGAGGAACGAAUGAUAAUGUUGAAACUAAUGCUGAACAACUUAAAGAUGAGGAAGCACAACCUAAAGAACAAGCUCAAGAACAAGUAGGUGAUGAGAAACAAUUAACUGGCCGCUCGGAGUUGGACAAGAGUGAUAAAGGCCACCGAGGCGAGAAGCAAGCGGCUGAUCGCGCCGACACCUCGGAACAACAACGGAAACAACGCGAGAACAAGCCCGGGAGCACAGAUCAUGAACGAACAUUAGGAAACGUUAAUGAGAAGAAGCAUAAACAAAUGCACACAUUGAAUGUGGAGAGAGAAGAGCAGGAGCAAGAUGAAGCUGGUGAUACGCAAGACGAAGAUAAAAUUGCGGACGCAUAUCAACAUGUCAAACAAGCGCAGAAGGACGACAUGCAGGCAUUAGACGCCGCUACUAAGGAACAAGCGGACCAGCAGCCGACAAUACAGCAAGAAGAAGAAGAGGGUGAAAAGGUAAAAGAGGAUGAGGAGGUGCCUAUGGAAGUGGACGACGAUGAUAUUCAGAUUGACAAAUCUGAAGAACUCAAACCUGAGAAAAUGAAAAAUGGACCCGAAAAAGACGAGGAAAAGUCUGGAAAGAAAAAAGAAGGAGGCGAGGAGCCAACUGGUGAAACUGGCAUCGAGGUAGAGGGCGAACAGGUUGUGACUGCAAAUGUACCAAGAGGCAAGGACACUACUUAUCACACAAAACUGGAUGACAGCCAGCAACGUACAGAGGAUAUGACCGUGGAAGAGUAUAUGAGCAUCCGUGAGUGGGUCCAGCGUGGCUCGCACCAGGCUCCGUGUUCGAGCGGUGUAUGGCGUUCGCUGUGGCAUGAGUCUGCAGCGGCCGCGCGGGCGCUCUGCGAAAGACUACGCCUCGUGCUAGAACCCACUGGACGAUCUAGGCGGGCUGGUGAUUUCCGUACUGGCCGUGCUAUAAACAUGCGGCGUGUGAUUCCAUACAUCGCAUCGCAGUUCCGUAAAGAUCGCAUUUGGCUGCGGCGGACCAAGCCCGCUAAACGCGAAUACAGUAUCGCCAUCGCGAUAGAUGACUCCAGCUCUAUGGCAGACAACCGAAGCAAAGAGCUAGCAUUCGAGAGCCUCGCCCUGGUCUCACAGGCUUUGAAUUUACUGGAGUCAGGCGACCUUGCCGUUCUCAGCUUUGGCGAGAAACCUAAUCUGCUUCAUCCAUUUACUGAACAAUUUUCCGAGCACUCUGGCUCGAAGAUCCUAGAACAAUUACGCUUCGAACAAACAAAAACUAAAAUAGCUCAAUUGCUGGACUUUUGUUCGGUAUUAUUCGAGGAGCAAACAGUAAGAAGUGAUGCCAUAAAUGCCAAACUGUUGGUGAUAGUUAGCGAUGGACGUGGAAUAUUCUCUGAAGGGGAGACCCGAGUAGUGCAAGCAGUCCGCAGAGCAAGACAACAAGGCAUAUUUUUAGUUUAUGUUAUAAUAGACAAUCCCGAUAAUAAGGAUUCCAUCAUGGACAUCCGUCGGCCUCUACUAGAUCCUGUGACAAAUAGUCUGGCCGGUUUCAUUCCUUAUCUAGAUACUUUCCCAUUCCCGUUCUACCUAAUACUCCGAGAUAUGUCUGCUCUCCCUACAGUAUUGGGUGACGCUCUGAGACAAUGGUUUGAACUAGCUGCCAAUACUGUUAGCUAGAAUUGAUAUGUUUAUAAUACACGGAAAACAUAGACUCAAGAUUUAAAAUUGUUUAUUGAAAAUCUGGGGUUAAUAAAAUAUAUUAUUUUUUAAAUUUAAAAAUCAUAAUAAAUUUUUCUAUUACGUAUAUAGGUAAUAAAGAAUAUACCUAAUAUUUGAACUGUAUUUAGGUGCUGUGAGUUGUUAUAUGACUACAUUGUAUUAAGAUACAUUAGACGGUAUCUCUAAAGUAUUUUGUUAAUAUAGGUUGUAAGAUGUUAAAUCUAUAUUUUUAUCAAUAA